AUGUCUUUAACUGGUAAUAGUGCAUCAAGCACCGGUCAAUCGAGAAAAUCCAACAUAAGAAUAGAUAUGAAAAAACGUCAGGGUGGAAAAACAAGUUUAUAUAAACAAUUGUAUGCUAAUGGUGGUAAAAACUUAAGUGGAGAAGUCAGUAUCAAUGAACGAUUUGUUCACGCAUGUGAAAAUGGUGAUUAUAAUACGGUGAAUAGAAUAUUAGAAGAAGUAAAAGGUUUUAAUAUUGAUGUUACAGAUCAACUUGGACGAACAGCAAUGAGACUGGCUGUUGAAAAUGAACAUUUAGAAGUGGUAACAUUAUUACUUCAGUAUUGUGAUGGACAAAAAAUGCGUGAAGCACUAUUAUUAGCCAUUUAUUUGGGACAUGUUCAAAUAGCUGAAUUAUGUUUAAGACAUCCAAAAUUUAAAUUUUUAAAUGAAAAAAGAUUUUUAAAUGGUGAUAGCGAUUCAUUUUGGCAAACACCAUCGUCGGAUGAUGCACAAUUUGCACCGGAUAUUACACCGUUGAUACUUGCCUCUCAAUAUAAUCGUACAGAAAUAGUUCAAUUGCUGUUACGUGGUGGCGAUCGGAUCACCAAACCACAUGAUUAUCAUUGCAAAUGUCAAGAAUGUCAUAAUAAAUUUAAAUUUGAUUCAUUAAGACAUGCCCAAUCACGUUUAAAUGCUUAUCGUGGAUUAGCAAGUGAAAGUUAUAUAUCAUUAGCUAGUAUUGAUCCAAUAGUAACCGCAUUUGAACUCGGACAUGAAUUAAGAAAUUUAUCAGGAAAAGAAAAAUAUUUUAAGAAUGAAUAUACUGCUUUAGCCGAUCAUUUGAGUACGUAUGCUGUUAAACUUUUAGACAAAGUACGUGGACAUAAAGAAUUAGAUUGUGUUUUGGGUAAAACUGGAAAAGAAACAGAAGAAAAAUAUUUUACAUUAGCUCGAUUAGAUUUAGCUAUUAAAUAUCAAGAAAAACCGUUUGUUGCUCAUUCAAAUUGUCAACAAAAGUUAGUUGAAAUAUGGCAUAAUGGAAUACGAAAAAUCUUUAAAUUAAAUCAAUUAUUUUUAUUUUUAUUAAUAUUUGUAUACAUUAUUUUGUGGCCAUUUGCUUGUCUUGUGUAUAUAUUCGGAUCUUGGACUAAACGUACGAUUAAAAUUCAACAACUUCUUAAUCAACCAUGUAUUAAAUUUAUUAGUCAUACUAUAUCUUAUGCAAUAUUCAUUAUUUUAAUUAUUUUAUCAAGUCUGCUAUUUUCAAGUGAAAUAAAAAAAAAUCAAAUAAAACUAUCAAACUAUAAUAUGACUCUAUCUAAUAUACUUAAUUAUUCAAUUAUUCAAUGUCAAACAUCAUUGUACAAUUGUACAUAUAUACCAUAUUAUCCUGAUUUCUAUUUUCGACAACGAUCACCUACUUGGCUUGAUAUUACAAUAACCGUAUUUGUUAUUGGUUUUCUAUGGCAUGAAAUAAAACAAAUUUAUAGUGAUGGAAUCAGAGAUUAUCUAUUAUCAUGGAAUAAUAUUGUUGAUUCAUGUAUGAAUAUAUUAUAUAUCACAUCAUUUUCUCUUAAAUAUUAUGUUUUUAUUGAAGUUGCAUAUGCUGUUAAAAGAUUAUCUCAAAAUAGUUUUCAACAAAAAGUUGAAAAUGUAUAUAAAUUAAAUGCUUCUGACCAAUGGGAUGUUUGGUAUACAUUUUAUUGGCUUAAUGCUGAUCGUUUUUAUUGGGUAGCAUGUGAUCCGAACAAUGUUGGCGAAGGUUUAUUUGCCAUAGCAAAUAUAUGUAGUUUUUCUCGAAUUUGUUUUCUUCUACCAGCCUUUCAACAUUUGGGACCGUUACAAAUAUCGUUGGGACGAAUGAUGUCCGAUAUUGGCAAAUUUAUUAUUAUAUUCAUGGUUAUAUUUUGUGCUUUUAUGUUUGGUUUAAAUAAUUUAUUUUGGUACUAUAGUGCAAGUGUGAGAGGUAAUGUUGAAAUACUAUCACACUUGGAUGAGAAUAACCCGUUACAAGCUGAAACAUUUUUUGGAACAAUGAGUGAAACAUUUAAAACUGUCUUUUGGUCAUUAUUUGGCUUAUCCGAAAAAGAUGGUGUUCUGUUAGGCGAUUAUAAUAAUAGAUUUACUGAAACAGUUGGUUAUUUAAUAUAUGGUACUUUUAAUAUUGCCAGUGUCAUUGUAUUACUUAAUAUGUUAAUUGCUAUGAUGUCUAAAAGUUAUGAAACAAUAGUAGAACAUGCUGAUGUUGAAUGGAAAUUUGCACGUAGUAAACUGUACAUGGAAUAUAUCAAAGAAGGUGCAUCUUUACCGGUACCAUUCAACAUUGUUCCCACACCUAAAAGUAUCUAUUAUUUGUAUCGAAGAAUAUUUCAAUGUGGAAAAUUACGUGAGAGCGAACAACAAAAAAUAAAUAAUGAACAAUUGGGACAUUAUGACUUACCGAUAGAGAGGCGUUUCGAUAUAAAUCCCACAUUUCAGCAACAAAAUGGUGGCGGUGGUAGUGCUCUUGGAGCAACAACUGAUGGUAAUAAACAAAUUCAACAACGUCGCAAAUCAUUUGAAAUAAAUCAACCGUUAACAUAUCGUAAAGUAAUGGAACGUGUUAUUAAACGCUUUUUGUUACAUAAACAACGUGAGGAGCAAGAUGAAAUACGUGAAGGAGAUUUUGAUGAAUUGAAACAAGAUAUACAAAUGUUACGAUUUGAAUUAAUGAAUCGAUUAGAAGAUAUGAGAGACGAAUUAUCCAAAACAUCCACGUUGCUAAAUGAUGGUAUAAUAGUUGUUGGUGAGCAACUAUCCUAUCUAAAUCGUGAUAUAAAUCCAAAUGGCGUUGAAUUAUUUCAAGUAUUUAAACAAAAUUUUGAAAAAACCUUGGAGCACAUAAAAUCGAUAGAUAGUGGAAUGGAUGAUACUAAUACUACUCGAACAGAAUCUAUUACAUCUGAAGGAGAUUCAUCAUCAAAAACAAUAUUGUCACCGAGUGUAUCAUCGUUACCUAAUUUUAAUACAAAUGAAUCAAUAAGUUUCGAUUCCACUUCAACUUCAGUCUUACUUCAUACAUCACAUUCUGUACCAAAUUUAUUAAAAAACGAAGAUAAUAAGAACGAUUUAAGAAAGAUUUUAUCGAAUAACGUUUUAACAGAAAAAACGUCGGGUUUUACACGUGUAAUGCCCACUGUAAAUCCCAUUCAAGCUAUUCGAAGUUUGAGUUCUAUAAAAAUGAAUUUAAUUGAACCGAUUGCUGAAGAAAAUUCUGAUAAUUUAGAUGAUGAUCUUGAUGAAAUGACGACAUCGAUGGUACAACAAGAGCAAAAAAAUAGUUUACAAGUUUCAGAAAAAAUUGAUAUAAACGAUGAUAUUGAUAUUGAAAUAGAUGCCGCUGAACAAUCAUGUCAAACGUCGGAUCAGGAUGUUUACUUUUAA